AUUGAGGUCAAUUUAGUAAAACCAGGAACACGUCCGACGCUUCAUGCAACUUUAGUAAAACCAGGAACACGUCCUACGCUUUAUGCAUUCAACAUGGAGACAGCUCUCAUACAGUCAAUACGGAUAUUAUCUCCACUAAAGUACAACUAG